CGCCAUCACGUUUCUUACGAGUAUUACAGAUACGCCACACUACGCCUUGAGAGUCACGCAGACAAAGUAACGACACCGUGGGCGGUCGACGCUUAUUGUUCAAGCGUAGGGUCAACAAAAAGCAAUAAACGCUCUCGUAAGGACUCUGAGCCUUACUCUCGCUCUGGCUGGCAGCAGAAUUGGGGGCUGUAGGAUUGCGGCAUAGCCUCGCCUGUUCUGCCUAGAUGUUAUGCUGACAGGGGGGAGCACGCAGCCAUAAAACCCAAGAGGUUUCGCCAGGUCGCGUAUUGCGUAUUUCGAUGUAAAUCUCUCGAAAAGAAGAAUAAGAAAACCUGCAUUCUUUAAAAUGGUUUACAGCUCCGACACAAUCGAAUUUGGGCACGGUUACACAGAUCCAACACCCACCAGCGCCGCAGUGGUGUCCGAUAUUCCUACACAAACUAGCCGCCCUUCCACAUCCGCUGCCAAAUCGGCUUCUACGCAUAGCACUUCGCAUAUCAAGCCAACGGCGACUCCUGAACCGCCGCCUAUACUACAAAUAUACAGCAGUAACCAAGAUGGCGUUUACCUCAUGGGCGAGGGCGCCCUAUCGACAACGCCAUUCUACCAGCUCUGCCCGGGGCAGGAUUGCGUCGCGGCAUGCGAAGAUAAGGCUCGGCUGUACCAGGCUGUCCCUAUGGGCAUAGAAGCGACUAUGAACACGUACGGGAGACGUGGGAGUGACGGCCACUUGAACAUGACUUUGUUCGGAUUAUGUAGUAAUUUGCAGCAGACACAAACACUUGCGACAUCGCAGCCAGAUGUAGCGCCGUUCUUUCGAGCAAACCAGUCGGAAGCACGCAUCGAAAGCAUAGCAUCGGAUAUCGCCAUGUGUCUGGCCGGUACCUGUGAACUAACCAGAGAUCCGGGACUCUGUGCCGGACCUUGCUCAUUCGAAAGCUUGAUCUCGAAUGACUCAUUGGUAGACAUCAACCCUGGCGUCUAUACCUGCAUAAACACACUGUGUCCUAACACGUGCGGACUUCCAUAUGCGGACAGAGACACAUUUGGCGUUGGGAUACUAUUGUCUUAUUUUAUACAGGUCGGCCUAUUGCUGAUAUGCGCACUAUUUGUAAUCGCAGUUGUACAAGUCCAGGAAAAAGCGUUUAAUCCGAAGAGUUCGCUUGUAGCUUUCAAGAAGCCCCUCAAGAACUUUCUGGCUAUACAGUGCUUUUUUGGAGUGACAACCGCCAUAGCAGCCAUAGCUACCAUUGCGUCCCGAGACAUCAACCCACUCACGGGUUACGUGCUCAUAUUUGUAGCAAUAGACGGGUUCCUAUGCCCGGUCUUCACGCUGAUGCUGCUUCACUAUUGCGGCAUCAAGUUCCGAUACUUGACCGCACUAACGGUCAUUAGCUGGGCGAUUUCCUCGGGGGUCUUCUUGAGGUUGGUGUCGGUCUUGUCCCACAUCUCAUUCGACGAGAGCGCAAUGCAGAGCGGUCUCGAGGAGCUGUUCCAGGUGUCGUCCUGCGGAGGUUCAUCGGCCAUGAUGCUCUGCCAACAGAUGCUCGGCACGAACCCUUUGUUCUACAUGACCCAGUUCUACAACCAUGAGAAGGUGCCGAGCCUCGAGACGGUUCCUCUCCUUCUGGCAUGGAGCACUGUCGUACUGUUGGGUGUUGUGGCAGUGCAGUGUCUGCCGGCGCUCGGAGAGACGUCCACGAAGGUAUGGCAUAAUGCCGCGCGAGUAAUACGAAUACCAGAGCCAGUAGUUAAAGCGUUACCAAUUAUCCUUUCGUCGACACUUUUCAUGCUGUCCAUCGCAUAUUACGUCGAUAUGGUCGUGGUAUAUCAGCGGAUGGAUUUGAUUGAUUGGCGAGGCUGGGAUUUCGGGCAGGUUGUUGCAUUUCUGUUAUGGCUGCCGACCUUGAUCGAGCUCGGGGACGCUUUUCUGAAAAUACGGAGGAACAGGCGGCAGGCUCAUAAAUUCCAACAAUUGGCAGACGACGAGCCAGACAAGAUGCUUGGCCGAUAUGAUUCAUUGAAUGUUGCAGGGACGCGGAAUAAUUCGAACGUAAAUAAGUAGAUUACCAUAGAAACGGGUCAUGAUGCCAUAUCCUGCUUCACAUCCAAGAUCCAUGGAGUGAUAACCGUCACAUGUCCUACAUGAAAGCAAUUGUAUUAAUGUAGGUUUCGACGCUAAUUACGUCCGCUUGAAGAACCCUUUGGCCUUGUUCGGGGCCGCUCCGACCCGCCUACGGUGCAUGAGCAUCUCUUUCACAGCCUUCGAGUUAUGAUUCGCCUUUGGUGCUAACUUCUGGUCGCUCUGGUCGACCAUGACCCUGUAGGCGGUGGAGCCAACAAUCUCAUCCCGGGGUGCCCUUCCUUGCUGGGAGAGUGUUUGCAAUGCAUCGUCGAAUUU